CUACCUCGCCGCUAGGGCGCCAAAACCCCCAAUCCUAUUGUGCUCACAGCAACCCCCAAUUUCUCUACUGUCAAUUGCCAAAGCCCAAGGGUCGGUGUAAAUUUGGGGGAAACUACUUGGACUCGAUUUAUGCAAUUUCUUGCUAUUCUUCAUUUCAAGACUGGGGAGCACGUGAAUUGGCAGUUUCGGUGGUGGUAAUUUCAAUAUUUUUGUGCAUGCUCAGAGGAAUGUGAGACUUAUCUUUACGGAUUCAUCCAGUAACAUGCUCUGUAGAAUCACUAGCUAUCUAUUCUAUGGUUAUCCUCAACUUGUAUAAUUUUUAUUUCGCCGAAUUUACUUGUCCCUUUCUUGCUUUUUAUAUGGCAGAAUUAUCCAUCUUGCCCAACUGAAAGAACGAGAAUAUGCCCUUUGCUUCUGCUUCCAUGGCAAAAAGGAGUGAAGAGCUAGGAUUAAGCUUAAUGAACACUGAUUCUGCUAACCAUGACAGGAUUCCUGGUGGUUGCCACCCGAAUGAUACAACCGCCCCUCUGCCUCUGGUUUCACCAUCUCCUUUCCCCCACUGGAAUUUGCAUGAAACAUCUCAACAUUAUAACAAUGAACCAGCUGGAGUUAAUUCAAUGAUUGAUUCCUCUCAGUUCAGAAGUUAUCAGAAUUUCCAGAUGGACCAUAAUUACUCACACAGAGCAGAAGAACAUAAUUUCCUUCCAUGCAGACCAGAUUCUCGUUUUCCAUGUCCAGAAGGAUACAUAGGGUGGCCAUAUCAAUAUGACAGGCACAAUAAUCUAGCAAUCCCUUCCGAUGUGAGGAAUACUUCCUUCAAUCUAAAUAAUUUUGAGAAGCCUGACAAUGGUGGGAUGUGUGUGACCCCAAUUUACGGUUCGGCUAGCAGGCUACAAAUGGUCAACCCUACUGGAACAGCAAUGAGUGCUAAUAUUGGUCAGCCUUCACUAGAUAUGAAUUCGGGAAUGGCUCUGUGUAAUCCAAAUCAAGGUUGUGUAGAACCAUUGCUUACAAUAGGAAAACAUGAUGAAAGAUAUAUGACCAUGGGUUCUGGAAGUAAUAACAAAGAGUCCAAAUCCAGUGCUGUAACACCAAAAUUCAAUGUGACUGGUAAUUCUGAGAGGGCAUUUCUUCCUCCAAUCAAUUCAUAUCACAAUCAUCUGGGUAGCAGAAGUUCCUUAAACCCUGGUUUUGACAUGAAUGACACCUUUUCUGCUUUUCAGAAUGACAGUGGAUUCAUAUCUGAUUUAGCUCCUUCAGGCAAUCAUGAAGCUCUGUUUGAUUCUAUACCUGGUUUACGGUUGGGGCCAUCAUAUGCUUUUCAAUGGCCAGCUGCUGGUGAGCAAAACCGUUAUUUAGGGCAGUUCAACAGGGAUUUAGGUCUUGCAGGUAUGGAAUUUACAGAUGUAGGUCUCACAAAUGGCCUUGAAAGAUGCAUGGAUCUAAAUUCAUUGCCAAUUGUUGGCAGUCAAACUAUGCCUUUUGAAAGUCGACAGAGCUGGGCGAAUAGACAGCUAGUUCCCUCUUCAAGUGGAGUAGUAACUGAUAAUUUGCCUACUGAGAUGUUACCUAAAAAUAAUGAUAAGUUCUCAUCACAGUUUUUUUCUAGUCCUCCUUUAGCUGUGGCCACUAGAAGCACCAGAGGGCAAGAUCUUUCAAGUAAUCCUGGUCAAUCACAGGCAGGUGGUUCUAUUCAGCAAUCAAACUCUCUUCUUCGACCACAAUCUACUUCUGAUGUAGGAAUACAAUCCGGAAUGGGAUAUAUGACUGCUCAAGUUUCAAGGCCAUCCAACAUGUCAUCUCUAAAGAGAGCUGCUUCCCAACCACUGUCAUCCACUGUCCAGAAUCAACACAGGAAGACUCUACCAACUCAGUUCAGACAUCCAUCAAUUCCAAAUUGGAACAGAUUGGCUCCAUCAGUCCCAAAUACAUCCCGAGCAAUGUCUCCCUUGAUCCGCCCAGCCCAAUCUCUCACAGCCCAAGCUCCUCCUCACUCUGUUGUUCCUCCAUCAUUCCCGACGACUUGGACUAAAUCUGUUCUUCAAGCCCCAAACACAACCCGGGCAAUUCAUUCCAAAAUGCACACAGCUACAUUUCUUGCACCUAAUGACAAGAGAAUCUCUUCUUUCCACCACCCCUCAUCCCAUACCUCACCUCGUACAAACCAAUCUAACCAUCAAAUGUUGGCUCAGGCUUUGGCUCACCAACGUUUGAAGGCUCCAAUUAUACCAUCUGCUCCCCGCAUUGCUUCCAAUUACAUUAAAUUUAAAGAUCAAACAGCAGAACCAAGUGGUUAUAAAUGCCUUUUGUGCAAGAGGGAUCUCUCCUACGCACCAGAAGGGCCUAUUUCCCAGCCACCUGUUCCGCCUGCUACUGCUGUUCUACCAUGUGGCCACACCUUUCAUGAUUACUGUUUGGAGCGAAUAACCCCUGAUGACCAAUCCAAAUAUCCUCCAUGCAUUCCUUGUGCUCUUCUCGAGUAGUGAAUUUAGGCUUACAUUUUGAAUUCUUCCUUUUUGAUCUCAAAAGUUCUUGGUGGUAAGAAAAUUGAAAAAAAACAGAAUUUUGGAGAAGAGGUAGGCCAUUAUUAUAUCAUAGUAAGGUUAAAUUAUAUUUAUAUGUGAA